AUGGUAAAUAAUUUUCGAAUUUUCAUGUAUUUCUGCUGAUGGUAUCGAUAAAUUCUUCAGAUCUUUCGUUUAGAAAUCCAUAAUAUCAGUAGAUGGAGCUAUUAUUCAACAAAAAAUUUGAUGCAUGAAUCACGUGCAACAGUUUUCCUCAGUUUUUUAUAAAAAAAUUUAUAAUUUGUUGUCCACUAUGUCAUCAAACUGUACUGAUAAAAUUAAAUAUGUUUAUCAAUUACCAUUUUUUGAACGUUUGGAGCUUUGUAAAAUACUUAAUCAAAAUGACAAGUGGGAGGAACUUGCUGGGAUAUGGAUGGAAUAUGAUGUAUUGACAAUACAAAGUUUGCGAAAAGAAAAGAAUCCUACAGAUGAAUUGUUAACAAUGUGGGGUCAUCAUAAUCAUACUAUAUCAGAAUUGUUUGUUUUAUUAUCUAGAAUGCAACACUAUCAAUCUAUGAUACCGCUGAAAUCAUUUGUUGAUGCAAAAUUUCAUAAAUUAAUUUAUAACGGAGAAGGCAAUCUUCAUAGGGUACUUGAAAAACGUCUAAAUAAAAACACAAAAGACUUGAAGAUAGGUAUACAAAAUUUUAAUCAAAUUGCACCAGCAGAACCAAAUGUGCCCAAAAUUAUUAUUGAGAAAAACACAAAGGAAGAAUCAUAUAAGAUACUGAAUCAACCAAUGCAAGCUAUACAUAUAAGAGAUACUCCAAGUAAUUCUAAUAAUGUACUUGUCGCAUCUCUGCCUGCAGUACAACUUUUAUCACCUUUUUUGAGAUGUGCUCCAUCUAAUGAAAAAAAAAAUAAUGAAGCAGCAGUUUUUCAAGCAGAAACAACUCUACCUCAGGCUACUUAUCAAGAAUUAACAAUAAUUACAGAUGAAUGGAAUAGAUGUAAUGUAUUAGGAAGGGGUGGGUUUGGAACAGUAUAUAAAGCUAUUUGGAAAAAUACAGAUGUAGCUAUUAAAAAACUGGAAAAAAGAGGAACUGACUCAGAUGAAAGUUAUGCUGUCCAGCUCCAACAGUCACUGAGAGAAAUAAAGAUUUUAAAUUCUUGUCCACAUGAAAAUAUUUUGCCAUUGUAUGCAUAUAGUUUGGAUGGAAAAUCACCUUGUCUUGUGUAUCAGCUCAUGAAAAAUGGAUCUCUAGAAGAUAGGUUACUAGUAAAACAAAAAACACAACCAUUAACUUGGAUACAACGUCAUCAAAUAGCUAAAGGAACUGCACGUGGCUUACAGUAUUUACAUACAAUUGGGAAAAAACCUUUGAUACACGGAGAUAUAAAAAGUGCCAAUAUUCUACUUGAUAAAAGCUUUGAACCUAAGAUAGGAGACUUUGGGUUAGCAAGAGAAGGUCCUGAGGAAGAUUCUAUGAAAGUAAGCAAAAUUCAUGGUACUAGGCCUUACCUUCCAGAAGAAUUUCUACAUGAACGAAAAUUGUCUACAAAGGUAGAUACCUACAGUUAUGGUAUAGUUUUAUUUGAAUUAGCUACUGGUUUGUCAGCUUAUGAUGAGUCUAGGUUGGAGAACAAAUUUUUGAAAGAUUUUAUUAACAGUUGGAAAAAUGCAGACCUUCCUUUGUUAAUGGACAAGAAGGCAGGUGAGAAAGACAAACAGGUUUAUACUAAUUUAAUGCUUCUGGGAAAGUGGUGUACUAAUAUAGUACAAAACAGGCCCGAAAUGAGUCGUGUGUUCAAAAAAUUCACCGAAUUAUGAUUUUUUGUUAUCUUUAUUUUUGCAUGAAAGUACUGUAUCUUGUAAUAAGUAUACUGACGAAAUUUUAAUACGUGCUAGAAUUACUUGUGAUAUUAUUAUUUAUGUAGUUACACACAUUUGUAAUUGUAUAAAUACUUGUAUGCAAUAUAUUAUUAUAAUUCCUAAGGAAUCUUUUUGAUAUAAUUACAUUGCAUGGCGUGCAGUAGUUUUGUAGUAAUUUUGUAAUUAUAAGCUGUAGAUACUUGGUUGGAAUGUUUAUUUCAUACAAUUUGUAUUUUAUACAAGUGGUUUUAUUUUGUUGCAUCCAUAUUUUUAUGUUGUAUACAGCUGUUGUU